AUCAAAAUGAGCUGGACAGGAGGAGAUUGGAUGUGUGCAGCAUGCCAACACCAGAAUUUUAAAAAAAGAGAAGCAUGCCAACGCUGUGGGUAUCCCAAGUAUGGUGGCCCUGAUGUAUCGACCUAUUUAUACAACAACAGGACAGAAGUGUUGGCGGGGGACUGGUAUUGUGCUGCCAUGAACUGUGGAGCUCACAACUAUGCUAGCAGAACAAACUGCUAUCGAUGUGGUACCAUGAAAAAUGAUUAUGGUGGUUAUAGAAUGAUGGGCUCUGAAUGCAGUGUUCCUCCUGGAUGGAAAACUGGUGACUGGAUAUGCACCAGAUAUGGGUGUGGAGUUCACAAUUAUGCUAGCAGGAUAGAAUGCUUUAAAUGCAAGGCACCAAGGGAUUUUGGUAAGAAAUCUUGAUAGUCAAUUGCAGCAUUGAUCUUAUCAUAGCAAAGAAAAAUGAAUUACUUCAACAUAAUCCAUCGAAAAGCUAUUCAGCCAAGUUCCUGACAAAUUUUUCCCUUUUCUUCUACCUUUCAGGUGGUGCUUAGAAUUUAGGAAGAGAACGCUGUAUGCAAUGUCACUAAUCUCUCUUCACCUCUGAUCCUUCCAUCAUCAGUUUCUGUUUAAUUUGGAGUCAAAUAACAUUUAGGUUGACCAAAGAUAAAGGCCUUUUUCCAAGCAGAGCCAUGUAACUGCAUUAAUCAGCAGAAGGGUUUCUGGCUUUAUUAUGUGGUGCAUGAUGUUCCCUAAUUUUUCU